AUAAAGAAAAUAAUGCAGUAGGGGGGACGAGCGACGAAACAGCACGCGUUUCCUUGGACUGCUACGAUGCUAACGACAGUCGAAUAUCGGCGUCGUCGUGGCCGUCUUGAUCCAGCAACUCCGUCUGUCACGUUAGUCACCACGUGUUCGAGUGCUUGCUGAAGAAGAGUGCGCUUUUGUUUUUGUGUUUCUUUUGUUUUUACUUGCUGAAGUCGCACGUGUGUGAUGUGAGUUGCCGGAAGGAAGAGAAGUGUGGCGCCUGAAGAUUUUGUCGAUUCUGUGGCGGUUUUGAAACAGCGCGGUCGUCGUACAGGAAUGUCUGUGGGCCAUUCAUCGAAACGGAGAGAUGAUGAGGAGGAAAGUGAAUCUCCUCCUCCUCCUGAUGGAGGUUGGGGCUGGAUGAUCGUCCUGGGUUCUUUCAUGAUACACGUUAUAACUGAUGGAGUCACAUACUGUUUCGGAAUAUUUUAUGACGAAUUCUUGGACUAUUUCAAAGAAGGAAAAUCAGCAACGUCAUGGAUUUUGUCUAUUCUCGUAGGCGUAACGCUAUGCUCAGGUCCUCUGUCUAGUUAUUUCGUUAACAGAUAUGGCUGUCGAAUCGUCACCAUAGCGGGUUCUAUACUGUCGGCGAUAUGUCUCGUCGUGUCAUUUUGGGCACCGAACGUGCUUACGUUGUAUCUCACUAUAGGCGUCGGCACCGGCAUAGGUUUCGGGUUGAUAUAUCUGCCAGCCAUUGUGAGUGUGACGACUUACUUUGAGAAAAAGCGAUCUUUGGCCACGGGCAUAGCUGUGUGUGGAUCGGGCUUCGGUACGUUCAUUUUCGCUCCUAUCAUCAACAAGCUCUUGGCCGAAUACGGUUGGAGAGGGUCCAUCUUGAUAAUCGGCGCCAUAGUUUUGGAAUGUAUACUAUUUGGUUCGCUGUUUAGACCGUUAGAAGCGAAACGUAGCGAAGAAGACGAUAAAGAGUUGAGAGCCACCGAAGCUAACAUCGAUAUUCACGUGUCAGAUCACGAUUUACGCCAGUUUGGGACGAGUUUGAAAACUAACGAUCGAACCUGAAGAAAGGCGAGGAGGGUCCCUUGAUGCAACGUCGUCACUCGACGUACAGCCACAAGCGUCGGCGGGACCUCUCCGAAGCAGAAUCUGUAGAGCCUUCCAAGUUGUGCGGUAUAAUUCCGUGCUCCAAGGAGGUCAGCGAGAUGCUCGACUUUUCUCUCUUCGGAGACGUCAUCUUUAUCCUCUUUUCCACUAGCAACCUGCUGACCAGCAUCGGCUUCAACAUCCCCUACGUGUACCUGAUGCCGAAAGCUACCUCUCUCGGCAUGCUCAAGGAAAAGGGCAGCAUGCUGAUCGCAGUCAUCGGCGGUGCAAAUACCGUCGGCAGAAUCGUUCUCGGCUACGUUUCGGACAAGCCGUGGAUCAACAGGCUGUACAUCUACAUUUGGAGUUUGACCAUUUGCGGUGCAGCUACUUUUUUUAGUGCCUUCCUCGAAAGUUUCUAUUCGCUAGCGGUGUACAGUGCCGUAUUUGGCUUCACGGCCGGCGCAUACGUCGGUCUCACUUCCGUCAUCCUCGUCGAUCUGCUCGGGCUCGAGAGGCUGACCAACGCUUUUGGUCUUCUCCUCCUCUUCCAGGGUAUCGCCUCGCUGGUGGGACCUCCGAUAGCAGGUGCCUUGUUCGACUACACAGGUUCUUAUAAGCCAGCCUUUUUACUAGGUGGGGCAGCUAUCUUCCUCAGUGGAGUUAUAUUGUUCGCCAUUCCUUCUGUUCAAAGAUAUCAGGCCAGGAAACUCCAGAAUAAGGAAGAAAGUGUGAACAUUUAACCGUUAAUAAGGCACUAUGAUGCUGCCAAUCCAAACUGCACAAUAGUGAUGUUUAUAUUAUUUUGGAGAGUUUUUUUCGAACCGAUUUACAUAUCACUCUGCAAUGGAACUGUGACAAGUGCUGUGCCAUUAUAUAUUCAGAGUAACGAAUGUUUGAGACUUGAUUUGUAUGUAUGUAUGAUAAUACUGGAUGGGCAACUUCCGUUAUUUCUUAAACGCACAUUUAUUUUAGAUAUUUUUGAGCAUAUGUUGAUAUAUACUGGGAACACCGAGAUUGUAGAUAGGGUACAGUGAAUUACUUGAUAUAAACAAGUAUAAGGUCGUUCAAAUUGACAAAAAUAGCAUCUUUUCCUGACUGACUUUUUUUAUAAUCGAUUUCAACUGCUUUGAAAUAACUGUUUCAAUUUUUAAUAUGUAAUAUUGAAUACAUUCUCUUUAGCGUCGUUAAGGUCCUCAAGAAUAUAUUUAUUAAAUUUUUCAAGCAUAUUUUUCUCAUGUACAAUUACAUGUAGGUGCCUCUAGAUAAAAUAGAACUGUGUAUAUAGGAUAUUUCUUCGAAAUACAUUGUUUAUUCAAACCGGUUUUCUUAGCAAACGGAUUUAGCAUGUUUAAUUCACAUCAUCCUGUAUGGUAAGAAGAGUGAUAUGUAUAUAUUGUGAAAAUUGAUUCUUACGUGGCCUCCUGUAUAUAUUUAUGUAAUUUAACUUUUUUCAUGACCAAAAAUAUUUAGACUGUAAGAAACUUCAUUUAGUAAUUCUAUUUUAUUGUUUAUUAUGACAUAUUUUUAGGAA